GAAGACCUAUCAAAUGUAGAAAGCGCUAGAUUGAAGUCACCAAGUAUAAGUGUAUUAUUAUCUAAGUAUGUCUUAAAUUUGGUUAUUAAUUUGGUUAUUAAUUGAUUGAUAUCAAUUCUUCUGGUGGAGGGGCCUUUGUGCUGACUUUCAGGUGUGGGCACUUGGGGGAGCUGAUCAGCCCCCUGCGUGGUGCAGGGCUCAAUGAGUGAUGUUAUUUUUUUUAUUUUAAAUUUUAAAAAUUUUUAUUAUUUAUGAUAGUCACAGAGAGAGAGAGAGAGAGAGAGAGGCAAGACAUAGGCAGAGGGAGAAGCAGGCUCCCUGUGGGGUGUGCGAUGCAAGACUUGAUCCCAGGAACCCCGGAUCAUGACCGAAGCCAAAGGCAGAUGCUCAACCACUGAGCCACUCACAGGCCCAGAAGACUACAUUUCCACACCCCAGAGGAUUUUGCAAAUGUCCCCAAAUUCUCAGUCAUCCCACCAACUUCUAAAGGGAAGCCAGCCAGCUCACAGGGGAUCUCAGAGAUUUGAGAGGCUUGGGCCUCCUCGCAUAUAUGCUUUGGGCACCCUUGGCCACUGCCCUCUGUGCGCAUGCGCAGGGAUGCCAGCUUCUGAGGUGCGCAGGCGCAUUCACAUUUAGCAGCGUUGCUAGGUUACACUGGUUCUGCGUAGGAAGAUUCUAAGUCGUUGGGCUUAGUCCCUGAGACAUUGAGGCGAGGCCCACUUGCCUUAUUGCUGGCGCGGGAGUGUAUCGCACUAGAGGCGGUGAAACCUGUGUCACUGAAGCCUGUCGGCUUCAUUAUGGAAAAGAGAUCUACAGCGCGGAAUGGGUGGGGCCUGCUGCGCUUCGGCUUCAACCUCAGGCCUCUGAGGGUCAGGUCGCCGCCUAUGACUAUGACUGUUGACAGCUUCCACAGCCCCGGUCCCGGAUACCACAUCAGAUAUCAAGAUCUCCGGGGAAUCCACAGAGCUGUGAUUGAGGGCGAUACAGAAAAAAUGCAGGAGAUACAGCAGUUGCUGGUUUUUGGUUUACAUGACUUAAAUAAAAGGGACAGGAAGAACAGGACGGCUCUCCACUUGGCGUGUGCCAUUGGGAGUGUAGAUAUGGUGAAGAUCCUGGUACUUUCUCAAUGCCAGCUAAACCUCCGUGAUGGAGAAAACAGGACAGCUCUCGUGAAGGCUGUACAAUGCCAAGAAGAGGCAUGUGUAGAUAUUCUUCUCAGAAAAGGUGCUGAUGUAAAUACUAAGGAUUUCAAGGACAACACCGCUCUCCAUUAUGCGGCCUAUGAGGGAAAUAUCUCAAUAGCACGCAAGCUGCUUUUGAAUAAAGGAGAUAUAGAGGCCAAAAACAAGGAUGGCCUCACACCGCUUCUAGUUGCUGUAAAUGAAAAAAAAGAGAAAAUGGUGGCAUUUUUAGUAGAAAAAGCAAAUAUAAAUGCAGUUGACUACACUAACAGGAGUUGUCUCCACUUGGCCUGUGCCAAUGGCCAUGAAGAUAUGGUGAAGCUCCUGGUAGAUCGGAAAUGCCAGCUAAACCUCCGUGAUGUUGAAAACACGACCGCUCUACUGAAGGCUGUACAAUCCCAAGAUGAGGCAUGUGUAGAUAUUCUGCUGAAACAUGGUGCUAAUCCUGAUCUAAAAGACAUCAAGGGCAACACUGCUCUCCAUUAUGCAGCAUUAGGGGACAAUGUCACAAUAGCACAGAAACUACUUUUAAAGAAAGUAAAUAUGGAGAUCAGAAACAAGGAUGGCCUCACACCGCUUCUAGUUGCUAUAAAUGAAAAAAAAGAGAAAAUGGUGGCAUUUUUAGUAGAAAAAGCAAAUAUAAAUGCAGUUGACUACGCUAAAAGGUAAGGUUUUUUUUUUUGUGAAUCUUAGUAUUUGGUAAAGAGUGGUAACAGUUUCUCAAGGCGGAAAGUUUAACUUAAUAAGAAGAGUAUUUAUAAGUAUAGUGAAAAAUGUCAGCAUGUGAUCGGUUAGGUAGAAAACAAUUACUCUGACAGGACAAGGUGAAGAACAUUGUAUAGUAUAAUUCAGAAUCCUUUGUAAUAUAGAUUGAUGUCAUUUGCAAUAGUUUUUUUUUUUCUG